AUGAGUGAUAAGCCAGAUUUGUCUGAAGUGGAGAAGUUUGACAGGUCAAAACUGAAGAAAACUACUAAAGAAAAGAAUACUCUUCCUUCAAAGGAAACCAUCCAGCAGAAGGAGUGUGUUCAAACUUCAUAA